AUGAUCUCCGGCAUCCACCGAAAGCGUUUGGCAUGUGUGGAAUGCACACGACGCAAAGUGAAGUGCGACAAGAUUCUUCCAUGUCGCAACUGCACCAAGAAGGGAACAGCAUGUACUCGGCCGCGCGAACGGAGUUCUCCGAGCCACGCUACUCAAUCCGAGCGCCCUAUCCUGACCCGGCCGACGACCGAUUCUGAAGCAGAUGUUUCAGUGAUCAUCGAAAGGCUUCAGUCCAGAGUCAAAGAACUAGAGGCCGCGCUGAAUGAGUCCAAUGAGGCCUCUCCACGACCCCGGGUUGUUAGACCCGAUCCUUCGGUCAACAGUAGUUCAUUUUCGCCUGCGGAGUCUGCGCAAUCUCCCUUUUCUGUUCGCAAUUCGAAUCAUGUUUAUGUGGAGAAUACACCCAGGGAGGUAGAAGAUGCUGCGACAAUACUUGAGUUCCUUGCAUGGGGGCGUCGGAAGGACCCUACGUAUCAAGAUGAGAUUGCAAGACAAAACAAUAUCGACCAUUCGCCUGGCGAUGUGCCCGUGGAAGAUGUAUUAGAAGAUGCCGGUAUGUCAGGGCUAUCAGCAGCAGCACUCUGUCAGGCCUUACUUCCAAAUAAAAAGAAGGUUUACGAUCUCGUUCGGUAUCACUGCGACUGCCUUCUUUGGUAUCACGCAUCGUUCCAUGCGAAGACCUUCCUAGCAGAGCUAGACCUAUUUUACGAGAAAGACGAAGGCCAGGUCAAAGGGGGUGGACUUCGUCUACAGUGGAUAGCACUCCUUUUCGCUAUUCUCACAGGGUCAAUGGCCUGUGCGCCCAGACCGAUUUCUCAGUCAUGGGGCUUUCGCGACCGAGAGAAAGACACUUUAUCGAAACGCUGGCUGAAAGCUACAAUAGCGUGUCUACACGAAGCAGACUAUAUGGCCUGCCAUUCCAUAUACUCUGUCGAGGCAAUUGCGACACUCACCAUGUCUGCCCAUAUGCUAGGUCACUCGAAUGGGUUCUCAGUGCUAUUAGCCUCGGCGGUUCGAAUCGCACAGGGGCUUGGUUUACAUCAGCUUGAUGAAUCGAGUGAUGCCUCACCAUCUGGCCUUAUGGAUCGGGAGAUCGGCCGACGGGUCUGGUGUCAGCUCUGCAUCCAAGACUGGUUUUCAAUCCCAUUUACCGAAAGCUACUUAAUUCAUAAGCUGGGAUUCAGCACAACAAGGCCUCAAAAUUGCGAUGACGAUAUGAACCUUUUGUCAAAUGAUCAUCCAUCCGUGAUAAGCUUCUCACGUCUCAAAUAUGACAUUGCGGCCUUGAUGCCAGGCCUACAAGAUGAUCUAGUUUGCUGUAAUACUCUUUAUACGCGGUAUGAGGAGGUAUUAAAAUAUGAUCGUCGUCUGCGCACGUUAGCAACCCAGCAUCUUCCUCGCUAUCUGCAGAAUGUUCCAAUUGAUCCUGACUGGCCAUGCUAUGUUCCCUGGGCACGGAAAGGCCUAGCUAUUAGCUCCGCGCAUAAGGUCAUCAUGAUUCACAGGAAAUUCUUGAGUUUGAGCUUUUCCAAUCCCAUGUUCGAAUUCACGCGAAAGACUUGCGUGGCUGCGUCAAGGACUAUAAUUAAAGAGCAGAAAGAAGCGACUCGGGGCGAUGGACCUGUGUUGUGGAUACACCAGGCAUUCAGUGUUACGGCAAGUAUCAUUCUAUGUUUGGAUAUGUUUCAUCAAUCGGUAGCAGAUCGUCAAUCAUCUGAACACCGACAGCUAAUCGAAGACGGUAUUGAAAUCCUAUCGCAUUGCGAAUCAGAUAUGAUUGCCCAGCGUGGUGUAUCACUAUUGAGGUCGAUGCUCGAGGCUGAACAGCUACGCAACCGCGGGAGAUAUCUUGUCCCUGAAUUGCGAGAGCCUUCAAUUCUGUCAGCGUCUCCGUCGCAAGAAAACGGGCUUGAUAUUGCAGACAUUAUCCGGGCCUUCUACCAACAUGAUCGCGCAAGUUUACCAGGCCGACCGAAGUCAAUUCUGCAAAUCCCAUCUACCGCGAGGGCAGCUAACCAUAGACAUUGGUCUGAGAUCACGAGUGUUGAGCCAAGUGUGCUAUCUGGAAUUGAUAUGAUGGCGCCGCUUGGAGUUGAUUACGCUGAAGGAUUGGAGGACAUUCUGAAUUUGGCAACGAAUUAUCUUAAUUGA